UUCUCAAACGGGCGCGGUUGCAGAGUGAGAGAGAGAGAACUGAGACGCCAGCGAAGAUGAAGUACAACCCGAGAGUUUCCUCCUCCCGCCGCAAGAGCAGGAAGGCUCACUUCACGGCGCCGUCUAGCGUCCGCAGGGUGCUUAUGAGCGCGCCGUUGUCGGCCGACCAGCGCUCCAAGUACAACGUGAGGUCGAUGCCGGUGAGGAAGGACGACGAGGUUCAAGUUGUUCGCGGGACGUACAAGGGCCGUGAAGGAAAGGUAGUUCAGGUUUACCGUAAGAAAUGGGUGAUUCACAUCGAGCGCAUUACUCGGGAGAAGGUUAACGGAUCCACUGUCAACGUCGGCAUCCAUCCUUCCAAGGUUGUUAUCACCAAGCUCCGCCUCGACAAGGACCGCAAGUCGCUUAUCGAUCGCAAGGCUAAGGGCCGCGCCGCCCAUGACAAGGAUAAGGGAACCAAGUUCACCGCUGAGGACAUCAUGCAGACUGUUGAUUAAUUUUGAGCUUGUCUGUUAGUUUUUGGUACACUUUUAUCACUAUUAUAUCUUACAUUGUUAAAUUUUUGCUUAUUGAGAUGCUAAGACUUCCUGCAUUUUGCAAGACUUUGAAACUGGUUCGCAGCUUUCUAUAUUGGUUUAAAGUUUAAUCGAAUUGUGACAAUAGUUUUGAACCGUA